AUGGUGCCCGAGCAGGAACACGAGCACCAGAGCGUCGCUCGCGACGAGCUUAUCACUACUGGAGAGGAUGAUCGGAGUGAUAUGCAGGCCAAGGAUGAUGCGGCUUUGCUGCGAACCAUGGGCUAUAAGCCGGUGCUUCAUCGGACCUAUACGUUGUUCGAGAACUUUGCCACCACUUUCGCUGCGCUCUACUUCGUCGGUGGCGUGCGCGUCACGUACAGCACCGGCAUUGCUGCCGGUGGUAACUUGGCUUACUGGACCAGCUACCUGGUUACGAUGGUCUUUACCUUCAUCACCGCUGCUGUGAUUGCCGAGGUUUGCUCGGCAUCCCCAUCGGCCGGCUCGAUCUAUAUCUGGGCUGCUGAGGCGGGUGGUCCUCGCUUUGGCCGGCUGCUUGGUUUCGUCGUCGCGUGGUGGAGUACCACUGCUUGGACGACCUUUUGCGCCAGCAACACGCAGUCUGCGGUUAAUUAUAUGCUUGCCGAGCUGACUGUCUUCAAUGUCGACUUCCCCCAAAACACCGACAGCGUCAAGUUCCGCGCUGUCCAGUGGAUCUGUACCGAGGUUCUCCUUGCCCUGGCUGCUCUGCUGAACUUCCUGCCGCCUCGCUACUUCAAGUGGGUGUUUUGGGCCUCCGCUGGUUUCGUCAUGCUCGAUUUCUUCCUGAACAUUAUCUGGCUGCCCAUUGGCACGGCCCAGACCUGGGGCUUCCGCUCUACCCACGAGGCCUUCAUGACUACCUACAACGGUACUGGUGCUCCGGCUGGUUGGAACUGGUGUCUUUCCUACCUGGCCACUGCCGGUAUCCUGAUCGGUUUCGAUGCGUCGGGCCAUGUGGCGGAAGAGACCAAGAAUGCUUCCGUAACUGCUGCCCGGGGUAUUUUCUGGAGCACCAUUGCCAGUGGAUUCGGCGGUCUGGCCACCAUCAUUCUUUUCCUGUUCUGCGCUCCUACUGCAGACAAGCUCAUGGAGUUUGGCUCCCCUCAGCCUUUUGUUCCGCUCUACGCCGUCGUCCUGGGCCAGGGCGGACAUAUUUUCAUGAACAUCAUCUGCAUUGUCGCCCUGUGGCUGAACACCGCCAUUGCCAUCAUCGCCGCCUCCCGUCUGGUCUUCGCCGUUGCCCGUGACGGUGUGCUGCCCUUCUCCGGCUGGGUCUCCAAGGUGCAGGGCGGCCAGCCCCGUAACGCGGUCAUCGUCGUCUGGGGAGUCGCUGCUCUUGUCACCUGCACCAUUCUCCCGUCGAACGUAGCUUUCACCUCGCUCGUCUCCGCAGCUGGUGUCCCCAGUGCUGCCGCCUACGGUCUCAUCUGUCUGGGUCGGCUGCUCUGCACGCCGAACCGCUUCCCCAAGCCGAAGUGGAGCUUGGGCCGCUGGAGCAAGCCGUUCCAGUUCAUCGGUGUGUUCUGGAACGGCUGGGUUGUGGCCGUUCUGUUCUCGCCUUACGAGUGGCCUGUGACUGGGGCAAACCUGAACUAUGCUCCCAUUAUCAUGGUUGGCGUCACCAUCCUCGCCCUGGUUUCCUACUUUGUCAUGCCGGAGAGCGCCUGGCUUCCUAGCGACCGCAUCUCGCAUUUCAUCGACACCAAGGGUGCCGUUGAGACCUUGGAAGAAGUCGGCUCUUCAGUUCAUGCUGAGGCGAACGACAGCCGAUGA